AUGGGAAAACUCGUCGUCAAACUCAUUCGCUCAGGCGGGCGCCUGGUUUCUGACGCUAUCCAAGCCGCCCGGGACCACCGCGCUCAAAGUAAGAGCUCAACCUAUACUUCUCGUUCAUCCACACCUGAUAUCCCUGCACACUACACCAAUGACUAUGCUCUCGCGGACGAGGAAACUGCCAGAGGCCUUAUUCAAGAAGGGCACGCAGAGCUCCCAGCGUCAAAUGAACUGUCGAUACAUCAACCUUGCGCAGAGCUCCCGGCAGCAAACGAAACAUCCCUGCACAGAGACUAUGCCGAGUUACCGUCUAUAUCCAAUGAAUACCACCCACAGCAAAGCCGUUACCUCGGGCCGCCAUACCCCGUCGAUGAGAAAGCGAACCAUAUAACCAUUGAGUCAAGUGCUUCGCACGGGUAUCCCGAAUCAAGCGAGAUAUACCACGAGAGGUUACCGACAUAUGAAGAGUCGGAAUGGUGUCCGAUUGCCGUUUCGGGGGCCGAGGGGGCUGCAGAUUACCAGCGACCGAGUAUGAACCGUGCUCCACUGGCUCCAACACUACAUCGAGUUGGUGACUUUCGAGGAACCCCUCGCCCGCUGGUCAUUCCACAGUGCGGGUGCGGUCAUAACGCACGGAUCUAA